GCUAACAAGGCAGACGAUAGUCGCUCGAGUUAGCCAUGUAGCCGAGACAACGUAUUAAUAAAAAAAAGGCAUAAACAUAUGAUAUAAACUGAAUUUCACGGAUUAAAUACCGCAACGAAGGAAAAUAGUGAGGAAAGAUGCAGGCUGGAGACCCUGUGGUUGGUGCUGCAAUGGGAGUAGCUGGAGCUCAGAGUCGCUCAGAGGACGAAGAGUCUCUUGGAGUAAAAGAUGUGAAAAGGACAGCAGCGCAAGCAUUUGGCAGUGGAGUUGUUCCCAAACGUAGAAGUUCAUCCAGGUCAAUAAAGAGAAAGAAGUUUGACGAUGAGCUGGUGGAAAGCAGUCUCGUCAAAUCGUCCAGCAGAGUGAAAGGCCCUCCCGUCAUAGAGCCUGUCCGCUGUUCAGGGAGUGAACCUUCAUCAAGCGAGAAAAAAAAGGUGACAAAAUCAGGAACUGCUCUCACACCACCUCUCACAAUGGUAGUAAACCCUGCACCUAUGACCAAAAGAGUGAAGAAAAGCAAGCAGCCUUUACACAUUACUAAAGACCUGGGACGGUGGAAACCUACAGAUGACCUGCUGUUAAUAAAUGCAGUGUUGCAGACCACUGAUCUAACUUCUGUUCACCUGGGGGUCAAGUUCAGCUGCCGUUUCACUUUGCGAGAAAUUAAAGAGAGGUGGUACGCUUUGCUGUACGACCCCGUCAUCUCAAAGCUGGCAUGGCAGGCCAUGCGGCAGCUUCACCCAGAAGCAAUUGCAGCAAUCCAAAGCAAAGCCCUCUUCAGUCAAGCCGAGGAGGCACUGCUGGCUAAGAUUGGUUCAACUAGUCAGCCCAAGCUGGAUGUCUUCCAGGAGCUUUUGAGCAAACAUCCUGGUGUCUUUCACCCAUCUCGCACUCCCAAGAGCUUGCUGGUGCACUGGCAGCUGCUCAAGCAGUACUACCUACUGGAUGACCAGAGUGUACAGCCCCUUCCUAAAGGUGACCAAGUCCUCAACUUCUCUGAUGCUGAGCAGAUGGUUGACGAUAUUAAGUUAAAGGAGAGCAGAGAUGAGGUGUUGGAACAUGAGCUGAUGAUUUCCGAUCGUCACCAGAAAAGGGAGAUCAGACAAUUGGAGCAGGAGUUGCCUCGUUGGCAGGUUCUUGUGGACAGUAUCACAGGGAUGAGCAUGCCUGACUUUGACAACCAGACGCUGGCAGCAUUACGAGGCAGAAUGGUACGCUACCUCAUGAGAUCGCGAGAGAUUACAUUGGGAAGAGCAACCAAGGACAAACAGAUAGAUGUAGAUCUUUCACUAGAAGGACCUGCCUGGAAAAUAUCAAGGAAACAAGGAAUUAUUAAAUUGAAAAAUAACGGUGAUUUCUUCAUCGCCAACGAGGGCAGGCGGCCCAUCUACAUAGACGGCAGACCGGUCCUGUCGGGAAACAAGUGGAAGCUAAACAACAACUCAGUGGUGGAGAUUGCAGGUCUUCGCUUUGUGUUUCUAAUUAACCUGGAACUCAUCUCACUAAUAAAAGCUGAAGCAGCCAAGAUGACGCAGCAGUGAAUGUCAGCCAUCCAGCAGGAGAAUCGGCCUGUAGCGGGCAGUCUGUGUAGAACAGUGGAUACAAAUGCUCUUGUGAGGAGCAGCAGAGCUACCAAGAACUGGACUGACCUCGGUGUUGUUACCCAUAAACUUGAAAUGUGAAGUUUAAACAGACUACAGCUACAUCCCGGUGCAAAAUAGUAACAGGUUUUACUUGGUGUGGGGAUAUUUCAUGUUGUAAUACAGACACUCUCAUGGUAGAGCCUUGGUUUGUUUUUUCCUCCAGUUUUUCAGAACAUUGUAUUUAAAUCCUGUAGCAGAGCUUUUUUCACAAUAUUAAACUUGUAUACACAAUGU